AUGUCGGCAGCUGGCAGCAAAUACAGCCACACAGAGGUGGAAAAUGCCAUCAACGGGGUGAAGCAGAUGAAGACCCUCAUGGACAAGACCAGUAAGGACCACCAAGCCAUCCUGCACACGCUGGAGGAGACCAAGAGGAGGAAGGAGGAGGCGGUGCAGUUGGCCCGGGAGAAGGAGCAGCAGCUGGCGGCGAAGCAGGAGGCGGGCAACGAGACGAUGCUGGCGCUUUGGGAGGAGGGCAAGCCCUGCCUCAAGCACACCUGCAUGCGCUUCUACUCCCGCACGUGCCACAGCGGCUCCGGGCUGGUGGGGCGGCAGCUGGAAGAAUUCCUCAACCAUUCCUCGCCCUUCUCCAUCUGGGUGAAUGGGGAGCGCAUCGACUCGCUGCUGGAGCGGGACCAGCGGCAGGAGCGGCAGUUCGAGGACUUGGAAGAACGUUUCGGGUUGCUGGAGGAUGGGGUGGAUGACAUCUUCCAGGACAGCACCCAGGUCUACAGCCGCAUGUAUCCCUUCUUCCGAGCGCCCUUCGGCAGUUUCCGCGAGGCUUUCCGCCCCCCCAUCCAGCACGUCCGCUUGCUCCCGCGCAGCGAGAGGUUUUCCCGGGAGCUGCACCCCUUCUUCCAGCAUCCCCACCACGGCUUCCACCACAUAUUCCAGCCACGCUGGGCUGGGCUCUCCGCAGAGUCCCGUAACUUCAGCGACGAUCGCAUGGUGUGUCGGGAGAUCCGGCGUAACUCGGCUGGCUGCCUGCGGAUGCGGGAUGAGUGCGAGAAGUGCCGGGAGAUCCUCUCCGUGGGGGAGCCGGGGGGGGAUGGGGACCCUGGACAGGGACCGUGGGGACCACCCUAG